CUAUUGGUUUUCUUUUCUUCUCAAACAAACUCUUGAGAUUCUCUAAUUCCGUUCCUUCCGUAGGCCCCUAGAUCCGGAGAUGAAGAACCCCAGGAAGAAGAAGAGGCCGAAGCCGGCGCAGAAGAAGGUACUUGAGGAGAACAACAAAGGUGUUGUUGUUGCUGGGAAUGAAAACGAAGAAGAAGAGAAGAGAAAACGCAGCGUUUUGGAGGCACUGGUUGAGGCUUUCUCCUUGUCUUCAAUCAGGGAAGCUUCCAUGGCCUAUGAGAUUGCAGGGGGAGAUCCCGACAGGGCUUCGGAGAUCCUGAGGAAGGGUUCUUCGGACAGAUUCGAGGAUUCGUUCUCGUGUUUUUCUUAUGGUUCUUCUUCUAGCGGCGGAAGCAGCGGUGGGGGCGGUUCUUCUUCUUGUUCGGGGUUGGAAUUGGGUUCGAAAGGUGGGAGGCAGCAGAAGAAGAAGGUGGUUGCUUCAACUGGCACUGUUUCAACGGUUUUGGGGAAGGAAUAUGUGAGGAGGAACAAUAUAAGGAACAAGGGGUUUAGUUCUAAUGGAGUUUUUGAAAUGGAGGAGGCAGAGCAAUUCCUCUGCUCUAUGCUGGGGGAUGAUUCUGAUAUUAACUUGGCUGUUGUUAGAGACGUUCUUUGUCAGUGUGGAUAUGAUAUUGAAACGGCCUCAGAUGUAUUGCUUGAUUUAGCUGCUUCCACAAAUGACAAACCGAAUACUGAUAGACAUCCUAACUACAGAGUGGACAACAUUGAUGAUGAGAGGUUCUUUGCUGACCCCAAUGACAGUUUGAUAGACAGGAGAUCAGAGUGCACAUCUCUUUCAUCGGAAGGUUAUCUUUCUGAUAAUCCAUGGCCUUUUGGAAGGAAAUAUGUGGAGGUUCUCAAUAGUUCUAAAGCUGAUUCUGCUAUUAGCCCAGGAUGUACAAAGUCUGAAAUUCCUCAGAAGGUGUUGGAAUCUUUGUUUAAUAUUCCCAAAAGCACUGAACAUGACAAAGAUACCAUGAAUUGGAGAAAUGUAGUAAAGAAAAUCCAGUCUUUGGGACCUGGGUUCAAUGUUUCUCCGCAUGUUGCAGAAUCUCAGCAACAUACGUGUGCUAAGGGAGAUGAAUAUCAUGUGUUUAGGGAAGAUUCAAAGCAGCAAUGGGAUUCAGUGAAAUCUUAUUAUACGAAAGCUGCAACAGCAUAUACCAAACGGGAACGAGCUUAUGCUGCAUAUCUUUCUGACCAGGGUAAAGAACAAACUAGAUUAGCUCAGAAAGCAGACACUAAGGCCAGCCAUGACAUAUUUAUUGCUAGAAACAAAGGUAUAGAAAAUAUGAUAACUAUUGACUUACAUGGGCAGCACGUGAAACAAGCAAUGAGAAUGCUGAAACUACACCUUCUGUUUGGAUCAUAUGUUCCCUCUGUCCAGACUCUAAGGGUUAUUACAGGAUGUGGAUCACAUGGUGUUGGAAAGUCUAAGCUGAAACAAUCAGUUAUAAACCUUUUAGAUAGAGAAGCAAUUGAAUGGAGGGAAGAGAACCAGGGAACUGUAUUGAUUAAACUCAGCGGAUGGAGAGAGUAUAGCUUUCUAGACACCAGCAGUGACAGUGACAGUAAUGAUUAAGCAUGUCUAAGUGCAUCAGCUUGUUGUACCAUAUUUAGAUUAAUAGCCUGGUGAAAAUAAAUAAAUUAGAGCUGUGACAUUGACAUGUACAUUAUUGUUAGCCGAGCUAGAUCUUGGGACUUCUUGGUUCUAUCAUAUCAUGUGGAACCUGUAGCUCUAUUGAAUCUGGUUGUAUUGUAUGAGUCAGAAUUGCAUUUCCGGAUUAGGCUAAUGACCCAGUGGUGUACAUACAUGAAUAUGUAAAGAUGAUGUUUGAUUUUCAGGAUUUUAUGUUUAAUUUCUCUAUGUUUUUUUUUU